AUGGUCCGCGGAGCUUCACAAGUCCCACAGCAGAGCAUGCUGUGUCACCUGAUUCACUAUCUGAGACUCAGCCAUCACCUGAUAGUUCUGAAUUACUUGAUUUGUACCUUUGACAAGCUGAAGUCUGUCUCCUCUGAAGACAUUAACAUCACGGAUGCUAUUUUUGACGGUGUGGAAGUCAGAGUGUUUGAACCUCCUGCAAAGCAAGAUGAAAGGCUCAAGCGCAGCGUUGUUUACAUCCACGGAGGGGGCUGGGCCUUAGCAAGUGCAAGAACAAGCCUUUAUAACAAUCUCUGCAGAAUCAUGGCUGAAUCUCUCAACGCUGUCGUUGUCUCAGUUGAAUACAGGCUGGUACCAGAGGUGUGCUUCCCCGAGCAAUUCCAUGAUGCUUUUCGUGCUACUAAGCAUUUUUUGCAGCCUGAUGUCUUAGCUGAGUAUUCAGUUGACCCAAGCCGAAUUGCAAUUUCUGGCGAUAGUGCAGGAGGAAAUUUGGCAGCUGCUGUGUGUCAGCAGCUUAGCAAAGAGGAGCAUUUGACCAUCAGACCAAAACUGCAGGCCUUAAUUUAUCCAGUCCUUCAGGCAUUUGACUUCAAUACACCUUCUUAUCAGCAAAACAUGAAUAUGCCCGUUCUUCCUCGUUAUGUCAUGAUCAACUAUUGGAUAGAUUAUUUCAAUGGUAAUUAUGACUUGGCUCACUCACUGCUGAUUAACAACCACACUGCUCUUGACGUUGGCCAAGCUGUCUCUUUCAGAGGACGUCUGAACUGGACAUCUCUACUGCCUUCAUCGUUCAAAAAGAACUACAAGCCUGUAAUACAAACCACAGGCAAGGCUGAAAUCAUCCAGGAGAUACCAGCUCUGCUUGAUGUACGAGCAGUCCCACUCCUUGCAGAAAAUGAAACUCUGCAGCUGCAGCCAAAGACUUACAUCCUGACCUGUGAGAAUGACGUCCUGCGAGAUGACGGGGUGAUGUACGCCAAGCGCCUGGAGAACGCCGGUGUGGAAGUCACGCUCGAUCACUUCGAUGACUGCUUUCAUGGCUGUAUGAUAUUCACCAUUUGGCCUACUGAUUUCUCUGCAGGCAUUCAGACCAGAAACAGCUAUAUAAAAUGGCUGGAUGAAAACCUCUGAAGAAAGAGACUCUCUAGAAGACACAGGGUACUCAACUCUGGUGUCUGUUCUUGCAAAAGAGCAAACAAUGAAAAAGUGCACUUUUCCAAAUUCAGACUUCAUCGGUUCAGCUGCAGCUGCUGCGGGUUACAGACCACUAACUACAGCAUUCACUAGCUCGUUUGGCCUUGCCCAGCAAAGUAUUUUGAGAAAUACUUUUUCAAACUUUGAUUCCCUCCCCCCCCCUUCUUUCAGAUGAUAAUUGCCAAACAUAAACAAGCGUUGAGCAGGGAGAUCAGCAUUCCUGUAGCAUUCUUAACUGGCUGCAACUUUCAAGCUUUGACUCUUAAUUGGGCACAAAGGCCACGAUUUUCAAAUGAUGUGAGGUAAAGCCAAACACCUACAUCUACAUCUGAAUAUGUAAAAAUGGGAGCUCAACAGCGGUGAGCACUUGAUGUCAAAAAAAGUGUGAGCGCUCUCACCUUUGACAGCAGAGCUAUGCAUUUGAAUGUCAAGCAUGGAUUUAGGUGUUGGCUUUCAGGCACAUAGACAAAUGGCUUAUUUAAAUUUGAAAAAAAAAGUUCUUCUAGGCAGUUAAGAUGAUGCUAGACAAGUCUCCUAGCAAAACAUGUAAUUCAGCUUUGGAAUUUGAUCUUUAUUGCCUUUUAGUUAUUUAUAUUUUAUAAAAGCACAGGACUAAAUAUAUUUUCAAUAAAAGGUAUUACAGCAUACAUACAAAUAUAUAGGAUAAAAUACUAUGUGUAGCAGCAGAAUGCAGGUUGUUUAUGUGAGCUUCAAAGCUGACUACUUACUUGGCUCAAGAAUGUGACUUCGGCAGUGUUUAAAGCCUCAGCUUCACGACCUCCUUACAGAAAAUACUGAGCGUACUAAAAAAAAAAUCUACUAUGUGGUUUGCACUAAUGUUUGUAAUAAUAGUAGUUUUUGUUCAUUGACUUUUCUUUUGUGCUUGUAGUGUUUAUUAUAUUUCAUGCUUCCUGGAAGGAGGGAAGCAAGCAAAUAGAAGUGGGCUCUAAUCUAUAUGGAAGAUUUAAAUCUGAGCUUUGCAGCUAAACUUUGUCUUGGAGACUGACCCAAAACGCUAGGUAAGAUGAUCUCACUGUUGUGCAACAAAUCUCUACAGUUUGAGCCAGUCUGUAAAUUCCAGACAAGCAGGACAGGGAAGCGAAACAACUUGCGGCAGUGUAUGUUGUCCAGGAUGCUUACUGCUUGCAGAAAUGAAGGUUGUGUCAAAAGCCCAGUGUUUCUAGGCAAAGAGGAGAGAAUGGCUGUCCCACGACUAAACUAGUGGAUUAAAUUCGUCCUCAGCUUUACCACAGACUUCCUGUGGGACUGCAGGAGAAUAACUUAAUCUCCUUACGCUUCACUUUCUUCUUCUGCAAGAGAGGGAGCAGUAAUUUCCUACCUCACAAAGGAGCUGUGAAGCUGAAUCCACAGGUGUUGGUGAAGCACACGGAUGUGACGGUGACUGGCAGGCACUGAACAGCUCCCGUAGCUUUUGACUUUCCAUCCUUCUCUAACAGCUGGCUCCGAGCAGCCAGCCCCAUGGUGGGUGGUGCUGCUAGGCUGCGGGUCCUCCUGGGCAGUUAGCUCAUCUCUGUCCUGGCUCCUGUGAAAGUACCGUAAGGUGAGGCUUCUUGGCUGUUGGGAGAUCAUGACAAAGGCACUUUCAUUAGAGCGUUUCUUAUGGCAGGAUUCUGAAAAGUUCUUUAAAAAAAAAAAAGGCACUGGUAGAUCAAACUGCCUUCUAUCAUUUAAAAUAUAUACAGACCAGUCCGCUUUCACUGGUAUUUAAAUAAGAGAAUGGCUUGGCUGAAUCAUUGCUUCCUAGAAACAUCAGGUUGUUAAUGUGAUCGUAUGUAUUAAGAAAAGCUAUUAAUGAGACAAGGCCUCAAUGUAGACUCAGUCAUGCAGGCUGAAACUCAUUUCUGGGCAUAGGUUCACACAGAGGUCACAAGCCAAAGCUUUUUCAACAGUGGCUCAGAUUCUUCUUGUUACAAAGACUCAGUGGAAUUAGAGCGGCUGAGUGACAAUCUGAAUCGGAAUAAAUUUCGGUCAAGAUACCCAGUUAACACUGCGGAAGAAUUCAAACUUUUUUUCUGGAUUUAAACCCUCUUUCCUCCUUUUCCCCCAUAAACAGAACUUCAGUAGAUAUAAUUUACACUUAGACAGCAACGAAAGUUAUGUCCAUUCUAAAGACAAAUUACUAAUCUUGAAGAAGGGUCUGCUCCAGUGUCCUUUCCACUGUAUGGAGACAGCUCCAUGUACUUGACUUUAGACCAUGACUCACAAAGUAAAAAAAUACCGUUACGCUGAGUUGUAACAACAGACUUCUUCCUGGUUUUCCCACUUAAAGAGUAAACCCAUGUCAGAAAAGAUGUAAUUUAUAUCCACCUGCCAUCAUUAAAAGAUAGUAGGAACUAUAGUACUGGAAAAAAAGUGGUUAAUGUUCCUAUAAAUUCUAUAAUAAUUAAGUUUGCCUGAGAGCUGUCUGCAAAGCUUUAGAUCAGCAUUUGUUUAUAUCUAAGUUAUAAAUAUCUGCUAGGAAACUAUAAUAUAAUUACUGCUAGUUUGUUUUUUUUUUUAACUGAAACGAAAUGGAGAGCUGGAAUAUAUAUUCAUGGAGUUGGUUGUAAAUUUCCUUUAUGCACUGAAGCACAUUAAAGUCUUGGCACAAGAAAUGGUAGUAAGUAUAUAACUGGACUGAAUGUGUUUACUAAGUCACCACCAGCUUGACGCGACAUCCAAGAUCACAGCACAACUUGGAUGAGAUAUUACAGUAUUAACUAGUUCUGUCAAAAUAUCUUGACUAAUUUUAUCAUUCAGCUAUAUGGUUUAAGUACGUGAUAGCUGCAAAGAUAUGUGACAGAUCCUGUAACGGACGGAUAACAUAUAAAAAGAGGUCUGAGUUCCAGGUAUAAAAAAGCCUUUUAGUAUAUAGCCACACAAGACACGAGUAAAAUUCAGUGUAAACCUUGAAGUAAGUGUUAGUCCAAAUUCAUCUUUCCUCCUACUUUGCUUUGUUUUCCUUUGCACACAGUUCCCGUGCCUGAAGUUGAAAGUUUAGGGUUGUUUCCAGCUGAGCUACUGCAAGCUCCUAGAAACAGAGCACUAACGCAGCUGAGAGCUCAGCCGGGGCCGGCAGGCAUGGUUACAGAAAGCUGGUGCCUGAUAGCAAGAGAUUAAGAUUAAUGAGUGUUACAACACCUCGAUUUGUUCAUGUGUUUACUCCUACAUCUCCUGAAGUGUUUCCUCGGGCAUACCCAGCACCUUCAUUCCUUGGCUAUUUCACAAAGCAGUUCAGGGCACUUUGCAUGUUGUAGGAUCAGAUCAAGUAUUUGUAACAAUAUUUCACCUGUGCACAGUAAAAAGUCUUCUAAAAGAAGAUAGUCAAUAAAUUUGUUUACUUAUCUUUUCACGAAAUCAACAAGUGUGGCUAACUACGUUUUGAAGAUUGCUUUUUUUUUCCCCCCGCUCCUACAGUUAGACACUAUCUAUCCAUUGCAAGAAUAUCUUGUUUCUGAUGGCCGUCAAAGCAUUCAAAUGUAAGCUUUAAAAAAAAAAAGCUCACGUAACAGAACCUAUAGCCAUUUGUAUCCUACUUUCAUAGACCUAGGAACUAUAUUAGCAGGUCCCCAGUAUUUUGGCCGAUAUUCACAGGAAUAAAUAGAGGUUUUGUCUCCCUAGCUUAAGAUUUCUUAAAGGAUGGGUGUUCGGCAUUUCUGAAAACUCAGACCUGUUUAAAGAUGUUUCAUGGUGCAUAGAAAUCAUUAAUAACUUGAAUUUCCUAACCAUCUAAGUGAUUCCAAAAUUGCAUCCCUAGCCAAAGCAGAAAGGCCAUUGUGGGUUUAAGUCCUACAAACUAAAAAGAAAUGCUUUAUCUUUAAAACAUUAUUUUGUAGUGUUUGGGCCUCUAUAUUUUUUAAUUAGGUGCAUCAUGGGCAUAUUUUUUAAACUUUUACUAAACUUUAUUAGAAACUUUUUCAAAUAAACAUAUUAGAAGUAAGUUAACCUGUCUUAAACCUUUUAAGCUGCUAUGAUCUGUAACAAUGAUGUUGAAAAAACCAAAACCAGCUGCUUUAAUGUUUUCUUAUUUAUGAUGUUUAAAACCCCAAAGUACAACAUACUUGAUGAAUGCAUUCAAUAUCUUAUGCAUGACCGGGUUUUUUUUGCUUCUUUCCCAGUGCAGGGGAAAGAUCUUGCAAGAUCUAAUUAGCAACUGUGAUUGAAAUGUGCUAUCAAAAUGAAGAACAAAUAAAUAAAGUGAAAUAUAUCUG